UUUCUAUGGUCUGAUAUUGUUUUAUGAGUACAAAUCCCAAACCAGGAAAUAUAACAAUUCUACAAAAUAAAACUGAUAAAAGGACAGAAGCAGGAUCGCGUGCAUCAGUUAAACCCGAAACCGUGGCUCCAUAUAUCGGGCUGCCAGGUGGGCCUUUUGUUGCCCAGAAAGGAGGAGUGUUAAAUGGUGACUUUGAGAGGGGAAAAGAGUUUGAGAAUGAUGUCAUUUUGAAGAGUACUGGAGCUCCUGGUUUGUCAAUUGCCGUUAGAGCUAAGUUGGAUGUAGAACCGAAACAGCAUCAGAAUGUACGAAAGGAGGUGAAGCGCAGUGAGUUUUCCCCGCUGCGACGAGAGCAGAAUGGCCACCAGUCUCCAGGCCGUUAUGGGAUCAAAAGCGAAGGCGACAACUCCAAAUGGAAGCCUAUUCCUCCUCUUGAGCAGGGUCAAAAGCAGCCUGAAUCUGCAACAGCAGAGCCUAAGAAGGUUUCGAGCUCUGCUGAGGAUAAGCUGAAGCUUGAACGAACAUAUAUGCAUCCUGUGAAGUUGAUUGACAUUAACUUCAAGUGGACCGAUUCUGACCUCAAGCUACCGUCGGAAGGUACAAACCAUUUAGUGAUCGGUGUCAUAGGAAAGCAGGGAGUUGGCAAGACUACGCUAAUAGAAGCGUUGCACAGUGGAUACCGCUCUGGGCAUACCAAGUCAGCAUCUGGAAACAAAUCUAAAGCACGAGAGGCGCAGCGAUUUGAUACCAACGGAGUGACGAUGCGAGUCUCGAAUGACCGGAUGAUACUGCUAGAUUGCCAGGCGGUGUUGAGCGGAUCUGUUUUGGACUGGAUGAAUAAAAUGGACCGAAUGCCUCCGCCGGAUGUCAAGUUUUCUGACAACUGGCAUGAGCUGCAGAGUCUCCAACUGGUGUGUUUCCUGCUGUCUGUGUGUCACACAGUGUUGGUGGUGAGUGAGUGGGGUGUCGACGGGGAGAUGGUGGGCCUGGUGAAGUUGGCAGACGUCCUCAAGGCAUCAGCCCCUCCAGUCACAGAUAGAAACGGAAACACUCUCCCCCCAGUCAACCACGUCCCAAAUGUCGUGUUCGUCGUGAACAAAGUUCAGCCUGUGAAGAAUGAAAGCGAGAACUUCUUGAAUGAUGCAAAGAUGAUCAGUGAGACCCUCAAAGGAUCCAAGCUCAACUUCGCAAGUGGUGUCAGUGACCCAGUUCUUAAAAAGGAUACUAACUAUGUCGGUAGCAGUAGUGAAGAUGACAAUAUGGAACUAGACCGAGUGAACCUGUGUUGCAUUCCCAUGAACUCCUCCUGGAGGGUUUCUGGUAGGAAGGAAACCUCGGGCAAGCUGGUCCGAAGAGAUAAGCAAAAGACUACGGGGUUCAAAGGACGACCGGGAUUUGGCGAGAGCUUGAGAUGGUUGCGCAACACACUGGUCACUGUACCCAACUCACAGAUAUCGGUGCACCACACGGAGAAACAUUGGUUGGCUCACAGUCAGAAGAUGUGGGAGCUUACUAAGAAGUCUCAGCUGAUCUCAGAGUACUGCCAGUUCCUAACGUGAGCAGAUUAUUUCUUACAGAGCAGGAUUACAUCAUCGGCAGACAUGACAGUUAUGUAACACGUAUGACGCAAGCGGGACUGAAGCAAAGCAACCAGCAACAGAACAAACAACUAAACCAACAGACAAGAAACGAACGAUAUGAUACCGAUUCUGUGCAAAUCGAACAGAACAUACUACGCAAAGCUGUCUACCAGCUAGCGAUCAAAAACCGAGCUUAAGUCAACUGGAAAACCAGAGAAGGCAUUCGUCCAAUUAAAGACUCUCAUAUGGAGAUUGAGAGAUACGGAGUGCUAGCAAUUUCGGUACACAAUUUGUGGACAUCGUCAAUUGCGGUUGCUCCUAAGACGUGAUUUUAUAUGACAAAGAAGGAAAUUUCUCUACACUUCAAAUUACCAUUUGCUGAGCUCCCCAAGAAAGAGUUCGAAUGCAAAAACUGAAACGUGGAGGGUUCUAUUGCUGAUCUUAGCUUGAAUGGUGAAUCGAAACUCCAAUUUUUGCUUUAUAUUGUAACGGAGCUUUUGAGAGAUGAAUUAGUGUGUAAAUUUAACCCACCAAUAAUGUUUUAUGUAUUUCCCAAAAAUGUAACCAAGUCGCCAAACAUGUGCUUUUUUGUAUUUUUUUGCGCUGCACUUUUAAAAGUGUUACUGGUCCUUUUUGAUUUUUUUCAAAAAAUUAUAAAGUUUGCGCUCGCUCAGUUUUAGAUUUUGAUGUUAUGACUUCAAAUUUCUGUUCAAGUUCUUAAUAACAAAAAUUUAAAUGACGGUAAAAUCGUUAACCGACGAAAUAAAAAAUACAUCUUUUGAUCCAGUCUUGUCAAAUUGGGUUUUGAAGAAAAUAGCGUCCAUCAUAAAAGGUUCGUGAAAAUCAAAAGGUUAGGUAAUAUAAUAUUUCCUAUAAAACUGGAAAACGGAAAAUCAAUAGUUUUUUUUCAACUUCCUUGUGCGUAUUAACACUUUUCCGACUGUUAGUUAUGCUUCAGAAUCAAAAACUGAACGUGGUCAUAUUUUGUGCGCAAUAAACUAUCCUGAUUUAUGGUUGAGGUUUUUUUUCUAGCUUAAGGCUAUACGGAGAUGAUGAUGAUAAGACGUGUGACGGCAUGAAAUUUGGAUCUAUUGCUCAAUUUUGAAGUAGCAAAAAAUUUGAAGCUCUGCUAUCACGAUCUCAGCAGUGAACGCUACCAUCAUAUGGUUUGCGCUGAUUCAGAGCCACAUAUUUUUUGAGCAAUAGAUCGAACUCAUUUUUAGUGUAUAGGAGUGCAAAUUAAUAUCUGAAGUUAUCGAUGUGUUAGUGUAACUCGAAUUCUCACAAAUUUAAAAAACUGACAAUUUAUCGCGACAAAGUUUGCCCUGACUUCGAAUUUUGUACCAGUAUUUAUGGAAAAGGGUGAACUUUGUGGACAAUCAUUACUUGAUGAAGCCGAAAUUUAAUUUCAAAUAUG